UCCCUGUCGAAGAAUGGGAAACACGUUAGCUUUGGAUCUUGUUCAGCAAUGUGAAAAUAUAGUCAGUAGUACAGAAGGAUUGUCUGAAGCAAAUGAAACGCAACAGGAAACGAAUCACUGUGAAGACAAGAGACUUUUAGCUGAAGAGGAUUACGAGGAUCAAAGAGAAAGAAAGGUGAGACGCCUUGAUUCCAACGAGCAAGUUGUUACUACACAAGUUGAUUUCGAAGCUGAUUUAAGCCACUAUGAGGUAUCAGAUAUAUGGUCAAAGAGUGCCGAAGAGCGACUUGAAUCAGGUGACGCUCCUGUGUUUCCUGACCAUUUAUGUUAUACUUUGAAGACAGAAGAAGGUUCUACACUGGUUAUCAACAGAGAACGAAGGCUUGUUUUCUACGACCGAUGUUUAUCGGGAUCUUUUCCUUAUCCAGACAAAGCAAUUUUAGAUGGCGCGAGCUUGAAGCCAAGGUCUUUUCACUUUGAUAUUAAUGAGGAACGGAAUUAUCUCUCGAAGGAGUUGCAGAGAUGCCUUCGUAAAAGGCAGUACUAUUUCGAUUUUGCAGAGAGAGACCGACAAAGUCUCUUACGCGAAGGCUGCAGUUUUCGGGACUCGAGAAACAUAGACUUGGAAGGGAAGCUUUAUUUGGCGCCACUUACCACUUUGGGGAAUCUACCCUUUCGUAGAAUCUGCAAACAUUAUGGAGCUGAUAUUACUUGUGGAGAAAUGGCUUUAUCUGCUAACCUCUUACAGGGCCAACAGUCAGAGUGGGCUUUAUUGCGUCGUCAUAGAGAAGAAGACUUGUUUGGUAUACAGAUAGCGGGUUCGAAGCCAGAAAUAAUGGCUCGUGCUGCACAACUUACUAGUAAAGAGUGUGACAUAGAUUUUAUUGAUAUUAAUGCCGGUUGUCCUAUUGAACUCCUAUGCAAAAAGGGUGGUGGAUGUGAACUUUUAAGGCAACCAGAGAAACUUGGUCGAAUUAUGUCAUCCAUGGUUCAAGUUGUAGACAAACCAGUUUUUGCAAAGAUUCGACUAGGUAUUUCACAAGAUCAUCUGAAUGCUUUGAAGACCAUUCAAAUAUUAAAUGAUGCUGGUGCUUCAGCCGUCACAAUCCAUGGCAGAACAAAACUGCAACGAUACUCCAAGAAGGCCGACUGGGAGUAUCUUUACGAAUGUGCUCAACUGGGUAAAGAAAUGUCUCUACCAAUUAUUGGAAAUGGUGAUAUAUACACAUAUGAAGAUAUUGUGCAUUUGAAUCCUUACUCAACAAGAGCCGAAAAUAGUAGUCCUUUCGCACCAUUUUCUGCAGUAAUGAUAGGAAGAGGAGCACUAAUAAAGCCUUGGAUAUUCACAGAAUUGAAGGAACAACGUCAUUGGGACAUAAGUGCAAGCGAAAGAUUAGAAAUUAUACAGACUUUUGCCAAAUAUGGCCUUGAUCACUGGGGCGCUGACAAGAAAGGUGUAGAAAGAACUCGAAAGUUUCUACUGGAAUGGCUCUCGUUCCUUCACCGGUACGCUGCUUUUCUAGUUGAACAUAAUUUCUGACUUUCCCUUUAAGAUACAUUCCUGUUGGACUUUUGGAAAGAUUACCUCCCAAAUUGACCUGGCGUAAUCCUGCGUUUG